AUGGCUGAUGUACACUACUUCUAUGUGAAGUCGCAGGGUGAAGGUGAGGGGAUUAUGGCUGAUGUACACUACUUCUAUGUGAAGUCGCAGGUAAAGCCAGCUCGUGAGAUGCAGAAUCAAAGAGGUUUUCAGAACUGUUCUGGAGACAAAAUGUCAGGUGUAGAAGACUUCCAAGCAAAAAAUACUUCCUCACCAGUAAUUGAAGGCCACUCAGCUUUAUCACCUGGUGGAGAGCACAUCUGUAAAUCAUGUCAUGGAAAAUGGUCCUGCUGUGGAGAGAAGUGUUACUAUUUUUCACAAGAACAGAAAACUUGGCAUGACAGUAAGAAGGCAUGUGAAGGCAUCGGUGCCAGUCUCGUCAAGAUUGACAGCAAGGAGGAGCAGGAGCACAUUCAAUCACAAGUUGGAUAUAUUUCUUGGGUUGGAUUAUAUAAAAAAGGAGAUAUGUACCCGUGGACAUGGCUGGAUGGCUCACGUCCUUCUCAGAAGCUGUAAGUUCUCAUUUCGUAGUCUUC